AUGGGUGAAGCAGAAGAAGGACAAGUAGGAGAGGUGGAAAAAACAGCAACAGCUACGAUUCGGCGGAAACCUGUGCCCACGCAACUGCCACCUCGAAGCCCCAAUACAAACCAGAGCCUCCUGAACCGAUGGAGGAAGCUCUCGCGCAGAGCCCGCAUCAUUAUCUUAGUUCUCGUGCUGGCAAUCAUUGCCCUCAUCAUUGGCCUUGCAGCAGGCCUUUCGACGCGCAAACACAAGCAGAACCUGCCCCUUCCCUCGGGGAAUGGUGGCCCCUACACUGGCGAUCUGACUUACUACGAGCCGGGUCUGGGUGCGUGCGGGAUUGUGUCCGUUAAUAGCGACAAGAUUGUGGCCAUCUCACACAUUGUAUUUGAUGCAGUCAGUGUUGGCAGCAACCCGAAUGCAAAUCCACUGUGUGGCAAGAAGAUUAGGGCGCGGAAGGACAACAAGAGUGUAGAUCUGACAGUCGUGGACAGAUGCACUGGCUGUCAGCCAACGGACAUCGAUGUCACUAUCAAUACUUUCGCUGAACUCUCCGACGUUGACCUCGGUAGAGUAUUGGUGCAAUGGAACUGGUUGGAAGAUGUGCCUGUUGAUGCUCAAAGCUGA